AUGGCGAGUUUCAGCAUCAAAGCCGCCCUGGCCGCGGCAAGCGCCCUCCAGAGCACGAAUCAGGCCAUGAGCGCCAACCUUCGAGAUGCGCUGGCGGGAGAGUCGGAGGAUGGGUGGUCAGACGAAGUGGAGGAGGAGGAAGAUUUCGGCCGGUGUGACCGUGAAACGAGGGAGCGCCCGGACUACAGCUCGAGUGCAUGGGGCGUACGACUGGCAAACUUGGAGCGCCUGCGGAUCGCCGGCAGGCUCGUCCCCUCCAGCAGGGAAGCGAAGGCUUUCCGCUCGGACUUUCAGGGUUCCGUGCUGGGGGUGCUGCAAGUCUUGGGAAGAGGGAACUGCUUCGCGGAUGUCGCUCAGCUCUCUCUCAUGAGCCGGCAAACGGCGGAGAAAUCGUUCCACCGGUUCUGCGACUGCUUCUCAUCGGGGUUGUGGCAUCAGUGGGUGACGCUGCCGGAGGGGGAGGUUCUCAAAAAGGUCGCGGGGGAGUACGGCGACAUGGUAUGUCCGGGGGUGGUGGCUUCGGUGGACUGCACCCACAUUUCCUUGCCGGCCUGUCCUUUCUCGGAGACUAACACCCACAAGGGCAAGGAGGGUUAUACGACCCUCGUGUACGAAGCGUCCUGCGACCACUCUGGUCGCAUCCUCUCGUCAACGAAGGGGUUCCCUGGGGCUGAAAACGACAAGACCGUGGUUAAGCGCGACUUGUCCGUACUUCGAAUGCGGGAGGAGGAGCCUUGGGCGCGCUACAAGUUCGUUCUCUUCGACCUGGAAGGCAACACUACGGAGCACACGGGAGGAUGGCUGAUCGUGGAUGGGGGGUACCACCGGGUGAGUUCCGUGUGGGUGUCGUACAUGGCGAGUGUGCAGACUACGAGGGAAAUAUGUACUGGUACGUAG